AAAAUAUGUUUAGAAAUUGCAAAUGUUAUCGAUUAUCCACCUCCCCUAUCCCCUUUUCAGUCCUGGAAGCCAAUCAAAAGAAAACAUUAAGGAAUUAGUAGUAGAUACAGAGGUGGAAACAGCUUGAAGGGCUUCUCUCUUCAGUUAAGGGUGAAUGUAAGUAUUAUUCAUCAGUCUUGCUGUGAGUCUGUUACUGUAAAGCUGUUCAAAACUUUACAGUAAUUUCUCAUAAGCUCUCAAGUUGUGUAUUCUAAAUUGUCUAGUUGUUUUCCUGAAUUUUCAAAAUGAACUAAAUUGUUAUGGAAUGGAGAGCUCCAAAGUGGUUUAAUUUUUUCGAAAAUUAUUGUAAAUUAUCAAGUGAUUCCUUCCACAUUUUUAAACUGUUUCUUCUUCAGUUUCAAAAUAAUAAACUGUAUUGUGGACUUGGAAGUUCAAAUUUGAAAUUCAUUGAAUCUGCACGAUACAAUUUUCCGACAUCUAGGUAACUGUGGUUUUAGUUCAAAAAGUGUCAAUUUAGAUAUGUGGUGAUGAUAAGAGAACAUGAAGUUUAUCGUCUGUCUUCUAAGAACAAUAAUAAAACUUACAAGUUAAGAGAGAACUUAACUAAUUUUAGGAUAUUCUUCCAGUCUCUGAAAAGAGCUUACAUUCUAAAUUCGUAGGCCUUACGUGUAUAUUCGAUUUCUGACAACUUUGGAAGAUAACUUUCUGACACUUAAAGUCGAAGAAAACAAUUGGGUGGAAUUGGAGUUCAAUGAAUUUGAUUAGAAUAUUAUUAAGAUAAUAAUUCCCCUUCAAUAGGAAGAGCUACUAUAGGAAAAUACAUGUUAGGUUUGUACAUUUUCUAUUGUUAAUUUUUAAAUACCAUACUCUUUUAUUUUCUUCAUCACUUUUUUCCUUUCAAUUUUUCGCCGCAUCUUUUUUUCGCUUUUGGAAUAAUAUCUUCCUGAUCUAGAGGAAUAUUAAUUUUACUUGCUUAUUCUUACAUUUCUACCCACUCCUUGCUCUUAUCUUGAUUUCUCCUCCUUCUUAUCAUCCUUAUCUCUCUCUCCCUUUUAUUCUAUCCACUUCUAUUUUACUACAUUCUGCUUUUACUUGCUCAUUCUUACAAUUUUAUUUACCACCUUGGUCUUCCCCGUUCCUCCUCCUCCUCCUCCUUAUCCUCCUUCUUUCUCUUUUAUUCUAGCUACUUCUAUCUUACUACUCUACAUUCUGCUAUUCUCCUACUAUACCGUACCAUUCUAUUACCUAUUCUAUUCUUCUCUUCCACCUACCAUCUAUUUUGUCCUCCACUAUUAUAGCUCCUUUCCCACAUUUUCUAUUGCCUCUUCUUAUACUUCUUCCAAAUUCUUCAUUUUUAGUUCUGAAGCAUAUAAUUUCCACCUUGUUCUGGUUUUUACAUCAUUACAGUCUCCUCUAUUCAUUAUCCCUAGCUCUGCUCUUAUAAUAUAAGAGAAAAAUAUAAUAAAAACUCAUAUGAAGAAAAACUCCGAAAUUUCAAUUAAACAAUUAAAAAAUACAUCACUACAUCGACUUUUGACAAAAUCGAGUUAUUAAAUAGUUAAAAAUUUGAUUCAUCUUCUCAUUAUAUUAUAGAAAUUUCUACAAAUAAUAAAAAACUACAGUGGAUGACCUACUACUCUAUCAAACCAAAAUUACAUCGAACGAUAUUUAAAAAUAUCGACUUUACAAUAUACACAUUAUUGAAUAUACCAAUAUAUACAAUAUAAGACCUUAUAUCAACAUCAAGGUUCUAUACAUAUUUUUUCAUUAUAAAAACUUCUACAAAUAAAUAAUACAGUAUUAUAGGCACUUCACUUGAAUGGGCUACUUUUAUAAAUUAAUAAAACAAUAUUGAAACUUGAAAAGUAGAAGUUUCAUUUUCAACUUGAAAAUGGCCUACGGUCGAAACUAGUCGUAAUAUUUCAAAUAAUAAAGGGUACUACAAGUUUCAAUAUUGUUUUAUUAGUGUUAUAGUCCUACUACUAUCAAACCAACACUACAUCGACGUUUGACAAUAUCGACUUUUCAAUAUAUCGACUUUACACUAUAUCAACAUCACCAUGGAAUCGAUAAUCGACUGCUACUUCGAUAAUAUUUUCACUCAAAUGGACCGCGGCUGUUUGAUUCCGCGCUACAAACGGCGUCAAAUAGUCGACUACUUCAGCACAGUGAUACGCGCCUGCUCUACAAACCACGAAGAAGGCUGCAAAAAGGCGGUUGUCGCCAUCACAAAAUUCCACAAAAAAUCCAAAGAUAACAACGGAUCCGUCUGCUUGUUAGGUAAAUACCAUAACGUACUCUAUGUGGCGCUAAAACUGUGUUUCGACUGGAAACUGAAUGACCACGACACUGUCACAACAGUUCUAAUCGAUCUAUUCUCUUGUGAAAAAACUUUUGAACGUCUGAUGAUCGGAGCUAUAUUCGGUACACGUGUCACUCACCUGAUAUCGGGCUGGAAAAGUGACUUCCAAACCCGAGACGAAUGUCUGCAAGCAGUCGAGUAUUUUCUGGAGCAUUCCGCGCGAUCUAAACUCAAAUUUGAAAUUGGUGGGAGAUUUACAACAAUGGCCGACAUCCCUAUGCCAUCCUAUGGUUUCUCUACACCGGCCAAAGUGUGUAUACAGACUGGCAGGUUUGAUUUUCUGAAAGUUCUACUGCGAUAUGGAGCUGAGCCUGUGGUGGUGACCAAUCAUAACCAAUGUCCACUGCAUCUGUUGCUGCUGCGUAUGCAUACUUUGGCUGAGUCAGCUAUACCUGGAGAAUUUAGGAACUUGUUGGCUCUACCACUCUAUAGAAAUAUGUUGUCCCAAGAAGCGAGGGACUAUGAAAAUCAUGUACUUCCCCCUGAAGACACCUCAAGGAACGACUAUACAUCUGUCUCCAAACCCCCACGAAAUGAUGGAAGCUGCACUGUAUCUAGUCAGGAACCAAGAAAUCUUCAUAGUAAUGUGGAAUUUGCCUCCAAGGAGCCUCAAGAUAAUAAAAAUUGUAGUGAGUCUGUCUCUAAAGAUCCUGGAGAUACCAAAAAUUCAAUAAACUCCAGUUUCAGAGAUAAAUGUAAUCUAGAACAAAGGAAUUGUUAUAGUAAUGAAGAAAUCUACCCUUCUGAAGAAACACAAAACCUCAAAAGUUGUGAUAAUUAUCAUCACAGAGAUAAUAUUAGAAACAAAUCCAAACAAAAAGCUAGUAAACCCCACCUAGAAGAAUCACAGACCUUUGGAAGUUGUGAAGAAAACUAUCCUAUACAAGAUAACUGUGAAGAAGAAGCGAAGAACAUUGUAAGUGAUCAAGAAACCCUCCGCAAAGAACCAGCAAUACUUGAAAAUUCUAAUGAAUGUGUCCCGAAAUCUCCUAAAAACAUUGAAGGUGAUGAAGAAUGUGAUUCAGACUCAGGAAACACUGCAGUUAAUCAAGAAGUUUCUCUCAUAGAACCUGGAGAGCUUGAAAGUUUUUGUAAGGAUCCAGAAGCCUCUGAUACAGAUCAUGAAUCUACACUGAAACGAUCUGAAGAUGAUUAUGAAUUUACUUCAAGUCAACCCGAAAAUGCAACAAAUGAUGAUGAACCCUUUUCUGAAACAUCAGACCACAUCAAAAUUUAUCAAGUAUCUGUUCCUGCAGAAUCUGGUAACUUUGAACCCAACUCUCAACAACCAAAAAAUGAUGAAAACUUCUUCAAAUCCUCGAUUUUUCCUGAGGACCUCAUAAGCUGUCUCCAAGUGUUCAUGGAUGUUAUCCCCCAAGUGCCUCAUACUAUUUUUGACAAUGAAAACGAACCGACAAGUCUGCAUCCAGCUGUGUUUUCGGUGAUACCUCGGGACAGGAAUGGGUGGACUGCGGCUGCCAGUUUGAGACAUCUGUGCCGUUGUGAGAUUAGAAAGUGUUUGGUGCCAAAUGGUUGUCUGCCGUAUGGCAUCUAUGAGCUCAAACUGCCAUUAGUGGUGCAACGGUAUGUUGAUAUGUCUGAUUGAUCGAUUCAGAAACAGACUUGAUAAUUAUAUAUCAUAUUUAAUCACUUUCUAAUUGAUUUAUUAGUUGAAAAAUAACUCAAUAGUGCGGUACCCUUUUUUAGAUAAAAUACAAUAACAAUUAGUUUGGGAGUGUUAAAUCCAUUAUCAAGUUUUUUCUUAAAAUAGACUCAGUUCAACUUAGAAAUCACUUUCAUUUCCUUUGAUAAAAAACAUAUCAUGGAAGAAGAUUAUUGAAUCUAUAAAUGCAGUCCCCCAGAGUGUAAAUUUACACUUUACACAACUUGUUUUACGUAGCCUAUUUAUCCCAUUAUCAAGUUUCCAAAUCCUUAUUAAUUUAUAAUUAUUUAAACUUUUGCAAAUUAUAACUUUUCUCAAUUCAACUUUUAGGUACCUAGAUUUUUACUUUAGUUUAUGUUUGUAUACCAACCACACUCAGAUGCAGUGAAUGAAGAUUCAUGAAUUACAUGAAUUAUGUAUAUAAAUUUAAAUUUGAAUAUUAUUUACAAUCUAGGAGACUGCAUCUAUGAAUUAAAAUCAUCUAAGGAAUUCAAUAGUAGAUAAAUGACUUGAAACUGUAUUUACUUAUUGAAAUCAACAGUAGAAGCAACUGCAUGCAAGAUAUAGAAUUCAAACUUCAUUUAUAGUUAGUUCAAGGAAUAAAUUUGUAUUUGUUUAUAUUUUGUUAUUGAAUACUAGGCAAUUUAUUAAU